AUGAUGAGAUUGAAGAUUGCCCUUACUUCCCUGGUGGCCUUGACAUUGCCCUGGUUUUGUCUUGGCAGUUGGAAUACCUCAGUUCCGUCGGCUGCUGAUCUGGCUGCCUCACUGACGACAGUGCCUGAGUGUGCACUUAACUGCCUCGCCCAGUCUGUUACAAAGGCACAAUGUAGCCUCCAAGAUCCGCAGUGUAUCUGCGUCGACAAAUAUGUUGCAAUUGAAACCACGGGCACACCUUGCAUCUUGAAGGCUUGCAACCUGACGGAUGCGUUGUUUAUGAAGAAUGUCACCGAAAGCGUAUGCAAUAGACCUAUUCGGGACAAAAGUGGACGAUAUGAUGCUAUGAACAUCACCAUGGGUGUCGUCACGGCUCUCCUCGUUGUGAUUCGACUCGGAUUUAAGAAGUUUUUCAGCUACCAACGAGAACUUCGCGCCGAUGACUGGGUCAUUUUGGGAACAGUUGUUCUCGGAAUACCGUGUACCAUCAUCAACAAAGUCGGCCUCACCGCAAAUGGCCUGGGCAAGGAUGUUUGGACUCUGCCACCGGACGAACUGACCAGAUUUGUCAUGUAUUUCUACGUCAUGGAAAUCUUAUACUUGGCGGAAAUGUCCAUCAUCAAGCUCAGCUUAUCACUCUUCUAUCUGUACAUCUUCCCUGGUACAACGAUCCGCCGGCUGCUGUUGGCCACGGCCGUUUUCAACGUCAUCUUCGGCUUUACCUUUGUCACGACGGGCAUUUUCCAGUGUACGCCAGUGAGUCGGUACUGGACCCAGUACAUUGAUAGCACCUCGACCGGCCGGUGUAUCAACAUUAACUUGUUUGCGUGGAUCCAUGCUGCCCUCAAUAUCGCGAUUGAUGUGUGGAUGAUUGCUCUUCCUCUGAGCCAGAUCAAACGGCUGGAGCUUCACUGGAAGAAGAAGAUUGGCGUCACCUUUAUGUUCUUGAUUGGAACCUUUGUCACGGUCGUCUCCAUCUUGAGAUUACAGUCCCUCAUCAACUUCGCAAAUUCCACCAACCCAACAUGGGACAACUUGAUCGUAGGCUGGUGGUCAACCAUUGAAGUCAAUGUCGGCAUGAUUUGCACAUGUCUACCAACCGUGCGACUCAUCCUUGUGCGUGCGGCUCCUCAAUUCUUCAGCACCAACGUGUCCAGCAACAAGUCUCAACCGACACGUAAUGGCAACCGCAGCCGGUAUAGCAGGAACUGCGAAAUUAUGGGUCACAAGCAGAUUGAGCUGGCGAGCAUCGAGGCCAACAUGAUUGACGUAGGAGAAAAGGCAAACAAGGGAAAGGGAUUCUUUGGCGCUUGA